AUGGAUGAUAAUACUGAUUAUAAUAUAAAUAAUGAUGUAGUUAGAUUUGGAUUUCCAUCAUUAUCUACAGGUCUUAAUAAAGUACCAAUCAAUGAAGCAUCAAUUAUUGCUUGCGAGCAAUGGAAAAUUAUUUGUGAUCCACAACAAAAUUUGAAAUAUCAAAGAUUUAAAAUGAUUCAAGGCAAUUUGACAAAUUCAAAUAAAAUUAGAUAUAUCGCUAUUGAAGUAACAUGGAGAUUAAAACUUGAAGUGACAUCGUUGGGAAAAUGGUUGAUUCAACAAUUAGGCAAAGAAUUUUCUCAAGAAAUUAAAAAAUUAUAUCCAAAUCCUGGUGUGGUUGGUGAAGUGUAUCCAGUUCCCAUUCCAAUAAAUACUGACUUGCAUAAAACUCAAGGCGUUGAACAGUUAAUUUGUGUUGUCUCGCCUAAUAUGAGUUGUUAUAAAACUGAUCCAUUAGAGUUGGAGGAUGCUAAAAGACUAUUAAAAGAAUCUUAUAAAUCAAUGUUAACUGCUUUUUGGGAUCUAAAAAAUAAUCGAAAAUAUAUUCAACUAAAACGACCAAACCCUAAAGUUACUCAAUAUGACGUGACGGCUACGUGUGAAAAAGCAGAUGUGUCAACAGCAGCAAAACCAAAAGUUUUUAGGAAGAGAAUCAAAGAUUCCAAUAAAGUUGCUUCAUCAUGGCAAGAUGGCUUGAUACCUUAUACAAUAAAUCCACAAAUUUAUCCUGAACAAGAAGUUUAUAGUUAUGAUGACGAUUUGGUUGUUAUUUGGGAUAAAUAUCCAAAAGGUAAAAAACAUCUUUUGAUUAUGCCAAGAUUUGAUAUUGAUGGAAUUGAGGAUCUAUUGGAGCAUGAUUUAGAGUUGAUAAAAAAAAUGAAACAAAAAGGAGAAUGGGUUGUUGAUAGGUAA